AUGGAGGAAACUCUGAAGCAGAGGAAGAAGGACGAGGCCAGGGAGAAUCUCGCGAGAGAAUUGAAAGAAAACGAAGCUCUGGCCGAGUACGAGAGGCGGCGGGACGCGAUCCAGGAAAGAGGAAAAUUAAACGAUUUCAAGAGGAAUCUGCACACAAAGCGCAGAGAAGCCUGCAGAGAGGAGAAACUUCGGCGAGAUCAAAGGACGGCAGAUUUGACCCGGCAAAAAACCCUGCGAGCUGAGAAAUUGGCUCACGAGCUCUCGCAACUAAAAAAUGCAGAACUCGUGAAGGAGAAACGACGACAACUGCUGCGAGAAAGCUCCGAAGAGCUUCGUCAACUGGAGGUGCAGCUGCGCUCGGCUUAUGCAGCUAAAGAGGUGCACCUGCAGAUCCUAGAAAAGGAGGCCAAAAGGAAGGAGGAGAGACGGAGGGAAAGAGAAGCAUUCUUCGUCGACAACUGGUCGCUCGAGGACGCGCGGCAACUGCAGCUGCAGGAUCGCGAAAAGAAACAUAAGUAUCGGCGCGAGAUCCAGGAUCAGCUGAUCGGGAAUUACCGAAGGAGGCAGGAGGACUCGGAAGAGAAGCAAAGAGAGGGAAAAUUGGCGGAAGAACUGAGCCAAGUUCUCCGAGAGGAAGGGGAGGCCCUGAAGAACCGGAAACUGCGGAAAGCCGCGCAGUUGAGGGCCGAAGAGGAGGCUUUCUUCAGGGCCCGAGGAAUUUGGAAGGAGAAAGAAAAGGAGGCGCUCGAGGACGAGCAUUAUCGGCUGCAGGAAAUAAUCGGGAAAAAGGAAACGGAGGAAAAGGAGCGCCUCGAGAAGGCGAGUCCUCGAGGGUGCCUUUUAUUUCGGCGAGACAUUUAA